UAUUUAAAGACGUUUCACAAUUUCGAACAGCUGAGUUUGUUCUCAAUAGCGGUAGUAGUUUCAGAUUCAAACUGUGUCGUUGUUUUUUUGCGUAUUACAUUAUUUGGAUAGCAAAAUGACAUUCUAGCAAUGUCAGCGUUCGUCCCUAUAGAAUAAACGACGUCUGAGUGUUCCCACAAAUACUAUAGAUGUUCUAUGUAAGGACCGUAGAUAAUGUCCUAAAUGAAUGGAUGAAUAAUGGCUAACGAGCGCCAUCUAUAUCUGUGCACCCGCUAACUUUUCAACUGGCUUCGGACUUCGGUGGUGCUCUUUGUGUCUGCUUGUUCUUCGUUUGUUGCCCUGUGAUCCGGUAUUUCAAAUUCUCUUGAUUCAUCAUCAGCUGUGUUGUCUAUUGUGCCGGGAAGUGCUUAAUUUCCGGAGAUAUCGACUCUCGUGUGUAAUCUACAGUGUAGCAAUAAAGGAAUUCUAUUUGCUGCGAAUCUUCUUUAGUUCAGGUGUCCGAAAAAAAGCUAUCUAGGUUGUCAUUAUGGAUAUGGAACCACUGGAGCCGUCUUUGCAGAAUAUCUUUGACCAGCAAUCGUUGAAAUGGAUUUUCGUUGGCGGCAAAGGUGGUGUUGGCAAAACAACUUGCUCUUGUUCCCUUGCUGUUCAGUUAGCGAAAAAACGGGAACGCGUUCUGAUCAUUUCGACCGACCCUGCGCACAACAUUUCUGAUGCGUUCAAUCAAAAAUUCAGUAAAGUUCCCACGCUCGUACAGGGUUUCCCUAACCUAUAUGCAAUGGAAGUAGACCCUAAUCUUGGUCUCUCGGAACUUCCCGAUGAAUACUUCAGUGAUAGCGACCCAUAUAAAAUGAGCAGAGGUAUGGUUCAUGAACUCGUGCAGGCGUUUCCUGGUGUGGAUGAGGCAAUGUCUUACGCGGAGGUAUUGAAACUUGUUAAGGGAAUGAAUUUUGACGUGGUCGUGUUCGACACUGCGCCAACAGGCCACACUCUACGCCUUCUGUCGUUUCCGCAAAUCAUGGAAAAGGGACUUGGUAAACUUCUCAAUCUAAAAAAUCAGCUAAGCCCACUUAUCAGUCAGGUAGCUAGCAUGCUUGGCUCAGGAGAUCUCUCAGCUGACCUGAUGUCGAAUAAAUUGGAGGAGCUAUUACCAGUAAUUAGGCAAGUAAACGAACAGUUUCGUAAUCCGGAGCAAACAACUUUUAUUUGUGUCUGUAUAGCUGAGUUUCUUUCUUUAUAUGAAACCGAGAGGCUCGUGCAGGAGUUGACGAAAUGCGGCAUAGAUACUCACAAUAUUAUUGUAAAUCAGUUGCUAUUUCCUAAAGCUGAUGAUGAUUGCCGUAUGUGUCGGGCACGUGUUAAACUUCAGACAAAGUAUUUGGAUCAAAUUAACGAUCUUUAUGAGGAUUUCCACGUUGUCAAACUACCUCUAUUAGAGCGCGAGGUUCGGGGAGUAGACCAAGUAAAAGAGUUCUCGGAAAACCUUGUUAAGCCUUAUAUACCGCCAUCACAAGAGACUUCUAAACAAUCUGCGCAGCAAUCAAAAACGUCUAAAACUCAUACUGAGCAAAAGGACUAAUGGCGUUCGAUAUGACAACACAAGAGAUCACUAGCUUUCACGGUUUUUGUCAGAUCACAGCUAAUAAAUAUCCCAUUAAUGAAUAAGUAAUAACAACGGUUUCUACAUGUUUCAUUGAUCAGUUAUUUAGGGGUUAACCGGACAAAGAAAACAGUGAGACAUUAUGAGACAUCUGCGAGACGUUUCCUGUUCUGACUAAACUUCCUUGUUGAAUAAAUAUGUCCAGGUACACUCA